AGCUCAGAACAAUAAGGCGGGAUGCAAUUUAGUGGACCUUUGGCCGUGCUUACCGCUCUGCUGGUGGCAUUUCCUGGCCUGAUUGUGGCCGCUUCAACGGAGCUUUACGGGGAUAUAGAGAAUUCGGAAUACGGCGAUUUUGAGUCCCUAAGUCAAACCCGCGAGCGCCAGCAACAUCUUUGCCAUCGCGAGGUGCCAACUGUGUUUUUCCAAACCGAGAAGGAUUCCCCGGUGCGCGGCAAUGGUUCGACGAUAUACUACCAUCGAAUAGAGGUCUGUUGCGUGGGCUACCGACGGGAUGUGUACUCCCAGGAUUGUGUUCCGGAUUGCUCCGAAACUUCGCCGGACAAUUGCCGAAAUGGAUUUUGCCGUAGUCCGGGGAACUGCGAGUGCUUCGCCGAGUUCGUCCGCAACGAGUAUGGCGCCUGCAUCCACACCUGUCCGAUUGCUUGCCAGAACGGCAGGUGUUAUCUGAAUGGCACCUGUGCCUGCCAUCAAGGCUUUGUCCUGGACCAGGACACGCGGCAGUUCUGCCGUCCGCAAUGCUCCCAGGCCUGUGGCACACACGAGGAGUGUGUGGCUCCCGGGCAGUGCGACUGCUCCCCCGGCUACCGGAGGACUGCGGAACUGGGAUGCCAACCCGUUUGCGCUCCAGACUGCGGAUUCGGCAAGUGCGUGGCACCCAACCAGUGCGAGUGCUUCGCGGGAUUCAUUAAGCGACCGAACAGAAAUGUCUGCGAAGCUGAAUGUUACCUAAAUUGCGAGAAUGGGUUUUGCGAGUCGAGGUACAAGUGCCACUGCCGGGAGGGAUAUCGCUACAACGAGAACACCACCAGUUGUUUGCCCGAGUGCACCGACAAUUGUGGCCAAGGGAAUGGGGUAUGCAUUGCACCCGGAGUGUGUCGCUGCUUUGGAGGCUACGAGGCCCACGGUGCCGACUGUCGGCCCAAGUGUGAGAGAUCCUGUGGCAAGUACGGUCGGUGUGUGGCUCCCGAGAUCUGCGGCUGUGGUCAGGGGCAACAGCAUUGCCGAAAUGGCAGCUGCGAUGAUGUGGAGCACUGCAGUUGUCCUGCGGGGCAGACGCACUUCAUCGAUCGCUGUUUGAAGCCCGAGCACCUUAGCCAGCAACUCUACACCAGCGAAAAGAGAAAGCACUUUAAUCGACAGCUGGCUUACGAGUUCAAUGCCCUAAUCGGACGUCUAUUUGAUUUAUGAUCUUAAAGGAAACAAUAAAAAUUUCAGGUCCAACUUA